UUACAAGUUAGUCACACAAUAAAAUAAAAACAAAAAAAAACUCAAAAAAAAUUUAGAAAAAUUAUUUAAAAAAGAUGACCCACGAGGUGAUUACUACACAACAGCUACUUCAUCUUCGCAGUGCGGGUGAACAAAUCGAAAAGACUCAUAAUCGUUGGAAGGAAUGUUUCUCUUGGUAUCCCAUCGAACAGGCAGAGCACUAUAAACGCUAUGGCGAGAUCUAUAAGGAGACUCUUGCGAAAUAUGGAGAGAAAAAGUUUGAUUAUUAUGCGAAACGUAUUCGUUUGCGAAAAUGUUAUAUGGACGGUGGCAUUAGCAAAGAGCAGGAAGAUGAGGAUAUCGGCAAGCAAUUAAAGGACACAAUGGGUCACUUGGAAAACUAUAAGCCUUCGUUGACAACUAAUGGUGAAUAUGGACUAUUUAAGCCAAAUCGCUUAUUCGAUUGCUUUGAAUUUCAAAAAUAGAAAAAUUGUAGUAAAUAAAAUAAGUUUAUGUGCGGUC